UCUCCCACUGCAGUCUUAUACACAGCGCCCUGAGUCCGUGUCCAGCUUAACUACAGGCUAACUCACUCAUAGCGCUGAUUAAACACAAUAUUCUCCUUUUAAUAAAAUAAUAUAUACAGUUUAAUCUGCUGGAGGAGCUGGAGAACAACCAGAGCUGCUGAAACGCAGGAUUAACGGUCGAUCCCUACUUGGCUGAGUAAGCAGUAUCAUGUCGUCACCAGGAGGUCAGGGUGGAGCUCUGUCUACGAGGGGAGCUGCAGGACCCAGGAGAAUGAAAUGGGCCCUAGAACUGAGUUUAGGCAACACCAGGGGUCGAGGGGACCGGCAGAGUAAAGACGGAGAUGUUAUGUACCCUGUGGGAUAUUCAGAUAAGCCAGUGCCCGACACCAGCGUGCAGGAGACUGACCGCAACCUGGUGGAGAAGAGAUGCUGGGACAUCGCUCUCGGCCCUUUGAAGCAGAUUCCCAUGAACCUGUUCAUCAUGUACAUGUCUGGUAACACCAUUUCCAUCUUCCCCAUCAUGAUGGUGUGUAUGAUGGCCUGGAGACCCAUUCAGGCCCUCAUGUCCAUUUCUGCCACCUUUAAACUGCUGGAGAGCUCCAGUCAGCAGUGGCUCCAGGGUUUUGUCUACCUCAUCGGUAACCUGCUCGGCUCGGCACUGGCGGUCUACAAGUGCCAAUCAAUGGGUCUGCUACCGACACACUCGUCAGACUGGCUCGCUUUCAUUGAGCCCCCACAGAGGUUGGAGAUCAUGGGAGGAGGAAUGAUGUUGUGAACCUUGAAGACCCCUAACCCCCCCCUUCCUCCCCCCAAACACACACACACACUGCCUUUGUAACCCCCAUUUCUUUAACUUAUGUAUAAUUGGAUCUGCUGUCUAUGAUGUAACAUAUGCUUCUGCUGUGGUAAAUAAUGUCCUUACUGAGAGAUUUAAUAAAAUUAUUUCAGACUA